UUUCGAGUCGGCAAGAAUCACCACGCAGUAUAAAUACAUAGUGAGUAUAUAUACGGAGUAAUUAAUAGCGCGUUAAACGCAUCUCUUUCUGUCUUGCGGACGGCGAAACCUUUUUGCUGAGAAACCCUAGUUAGAAUAGAGCAUGGCUGGUAUGUAUGGAUACGAAGGCGAUGGCUCGGCUCCGCCUCCUAGGGACGGAGGGUAUGGCGGUGGAGGAUACGGAUCUUCUGGAGGUGGAGGUUACGGAUCUGGCAGUGGCGGAGAAUAUGGCGGUUCUGGUGGUGGAGGAUACGGAUCUGGCGGUGGUGGGGGAGGCAGUUACGGAGGAAGCGGUGGUGGAGGCGGUUACGGAGGAAGCCGUGGCGGAGGUGGUUACGGAGGAAGCGCUGACGGGGGCGGUUAUGGAGGAAGCGGUGGCGGUAGAAGCGGUGGCAGAGGAGGUGGAGGAUAUGGUGGCGGCGGUGGACAUCAAGGUGGUGAUCGUAGUGAUCGUGGUGGUCGCGGUGGAGGCGGUAGAGGAGGUGGUCGCGGUGGUGGAAGCGGCAGGGAAGGGGACUGGCGUUGCCCUAACCCUAGUUGUGGAAAUUUGAACUUUGCUAGAAGAGUUGAAUGUAACAAAUGUGGUGAGCCUUCUCCUGCUGGUACUGAUGAUCGUGGUGGCAGAGGUGGUAACAGUUAUAACAGAGGUGGAGGUGGUGGUGGUGGUGGCUCAUAUGGAAAUAAUCGAGGUGGAAGAGGUGGGAGUUUUGAUAGUGGAAGUGGUGGAGGUGGAGGUGGUAGAAGCAGUUCUUAUGGUGGUAACCAGGGAAGAGAUGGCAGUGGUUAUGGCCAAGGACCUCCUGUACCUUCAGCUUAUGGGGGUCCUGAUAACAAUUACCCUCCACCACCUAGUAGUUAUGGUGGGAACAAUAAUUAUCCACCUGAUGCAGUUCCUCCACCUGCAAGUUAUGGUGGUGGAGGGGCUUCAUAUCCUCCAUCUUAUGGUGCACCUGCUGGUUAUGGUGGCAAUGCUCCAGCUGAUGCCCGGGGAGGAGGAAGGGCUGGCCCACCUGCCAGGUUUGAUGGGGGGUAUAGUGGUGGUGCUUAUGGUAGUUCUGAUGAAGCUCCAUUAAAGGUCAAGCAAUGUGAUGAAAAUUGUGGGGAUUCCUGUGACAACUCAAGAAUCUAUAUCUCAAAUUUGCCUCCUGAUGUGACCAUUGAUGAACUUAGAGAACUUUUUGGAAGCAUCGGACAAGUUGCAAGAAUUAAGCAAAAGCGGGGCUACAAGGACCAGUGGCCCUGGAGUAUAAAAUUAUAUACAGAUGAGCAGGGAAAUAACAAAGGUGAUGCUGUGCUAUCUUAUGAAGAUCCUUCUGCGGCCCACUCUGCUGGUGGCUUCUUCAAUAAUCACAUGUUGAGAGGUAACAAAAUCAGUGUUGUGAUGGCUGAGAAGUCUGCUCCAAAAGCUGCUCCUGCUUAUGGUUCCAGGGGUGGUGGCAGAGGUGGGUACGGUGGUGGUGAUAGAAGGAGAGACAACUACAGAGAUGGAGGCUCUGGUCCAGAUAGGAACUACCACGGUGGAAACCGGUCACGACCAUAUUGAGUUUCAGCCAAGAAUCUUAUGUACUAAAUUUGUGAUGGGAGGGUUUUUCUUUAAUUCAAUUCCCAGAUAUAUUCUCUUAAUUGGUGACUAAGAGGUAGGUUGUCCUCAUAACUCUGAGCAAUACCCUUCUUUUGGUAAUUGCUACAUGGUGGGAGCAUUUUCCAGUUGAAGUUUGAUUAAUAUGAACUAUGUGAAUGUUUUUGAUAGAGGGCGAAUGGAUAUUCCUCAAAUUGCUGCUAUGGUAAGGUAGGUUGAAAUAUUCAGGUGAGUGUUGCUUCUUUGAACAUCCCAUACUUGGAGACUAAAUUUAAGGAUGUUAUGUUUGCAUUUUAACACAAACUGCUGAUCCUAACUUCAGGAAAGUUAAUUAUAACCGGGAGGGAUUAAACGGCAUAUUUAGUAUUAGUUUUUACCGGCCUGGUGUAGUAAGUUAUAUUUGUGUAUGUUUCCUCUCCCAUUUCAUUUGUGGGUGAGAGUGUUUCUAUUUCGUGUCUCAACAGUGAAGGUUACUUAGUUGCCAUGAUGAGGCUAGAGGUGUUUCUUAAUGGAGUGUACGUGUGCUAGCUAGCUACAUUAAAUUAACAGAAAAGAUAGAAACUAAAUCCCAACAUUGACAUACUUUCUCCGGUCUCAUGUAUAGAUAUAGAUAAGAUGAAUGUAUUUUAGCGUGGACCAAACAUCACUGCCAGCCAGCUUCAUCCUCUCCUCUUAAGCCCCUUUGGAAUUUGCAUUUGGAGAUUCUGUGUAUUGGAUGCUGAAAUUCUUCAUUUUUCUUCCACUUCUAAUUGUAUUUUAAUUAGAGGCGACUCUUUUGUUAAUCUGAUUUUUAUUUUGUAUGUGUUA